AUCACAUUAUAUCUUUGCAGUUCCAGCUUGGCAUUACACCUCUAAUAGCAAUGGAUAGCUAAAGCCCGCCAGGUCAGGCCAGGGCUGUGACGUCAUCAGACCACCGGGCCAGGCCGUGACGUCAUCAGCCCACCGAGCCGGGCCGCAAGGCCACCAUGGCAGGAGCCACCCAGAUGCCUUCCCUUCCUGGCUCUUUUCGUUCAUAUCUAACAUGAUCUAAUAUGAUGGUGAGCAGCAUCCUGGCACAACGGCCCCUGUGUGCUGUGGAUUGUUCCCAUUAUGGUUCGGCUGUGGGUAACUUUGGAGACAAUCCUUUUGACUGCCACAAUUACUAUGUUUGCACCUCAAUAAGUACAUAUGUUGGUGAUCCAGUGAGCUGCCCCAGUGGUGAAGCUUUUGACACAAACACCAAAACUUGUAUGGACCCAACACUCCCAGGCUUCAGCUGCACACCACCUUGUGAACAAUGUACUUUUGACUGUGCUCUGAGUGUCAUGGGCAAAGCAGCUCUAAGAAUGUAUGGGCUUGAGUAUUAUGUGUGUGAUAAGCAUGGUAGCAUUGUAACUACAGUCAAAUGUGAUCCAGAAACUUACUUUGAUGGGCAGGGAUGCCAGGCAGACAUUCAUAAAACCUGCUCAUGUAGACCACCACACUGCACUCACGAUGAUGUACGUAACAACAGACUAAAACCAGACUAUUUUAACUGUACCAACUUUUAUCACUGCAAUUUUGAAGGGCUGCCUGAUGAAACCUGCCUUGAUAGGUGUCCCUCAGGUGAAAUCUUCUCACGGAUUAAUCAUAAGUGUGAUCCCGAGGCCAAGUGUUCGGCUCCUUGUGCAGAGUAUGAGCAGUACUAACCUAACUUGAGCUGAUUAUGAGUGGCACUAAUCUAACUUGUGCAGAGUAUGAGUGGCACUAACCCAACUUGUGCAGAGUAUGAGUGGCACUAACCUAACAGUUUACUGUUACCUCAAGAAUUUUAUCAGUAGCUACAUCAGAUUUAGACAAUUAAUUUCAAGUUAUACUUUUUCUUAAAGUCAUUCUUGUUACUUUAGUGAGCCAAAAGUUAUGGGCCAUAACAGGCUUGUUUAAUAAAUUACUUUAUUUACUGAAUGAGUAAACAUGUUACUAGCACACAAUGGCAUUGCUAAUAAAAAAACACUAUAAUUUA